AUGUCUUUCACUUCUCGGGCUUCGGCCCAGGAAGUAGUGGCUGGGAUAAGAAGGAAGAACGGUGGAAUCUCAGCCAAGGCAAAAGAAGUUCUGCAAGAGGACUUCCCGGAGCUCUGGGACAAAACCCGAGUUAUUCAAGAGCGAUUGGACAAGGCGUUGCAACCACAAAUUGAGACUAUCCGAUCGACCACGGAAGACCGCUUCAUCUACGAGCUUAUCCGAAAUGCAGACGAGAGUCGCUACCACGCCGCGCUCGCCAUCGGGAAGCUGCCAUCACUCACUUUCAAUAUCCAUCCGAAUCAAAUCACGAUUGAUUCAAACUGUGACGGCCUGACGAUCGCAGACGUUGAACUCCUUUGCAGCGUCAACAGUCCCUGUCUCGUAGACAGACCUAUUGUUGAGCCGAGGAUGCUUGGCCUCAGGUCUGUCUUCAAGGUUGCGAAAAAAGCAUGUAUCCAAUCAUGUCAUGUUUCAUUCUCCUUCACACAUGACAUUACUUCGGAAAAGGAUGCGUUUCGGAUGACUACACCAGUGGACGAGCCGUUUGCGGAUUUACCAGAAGGAAUCCAGACCAGGAUCGUACUUGAGCUACGUGAGGAAUACUGUACACACAAGAUGUUCGACCAUUUCCGCAACCUCGAUGAAGGGCUACUCGUAUUUCUGGAGACUCUUCGUGAAAUCAAGAUUGACAUACACACCCUUUCCGAACCCGGAGACAAUACCGUUUUCAACAUUGAAGACGAUUGCCCCGGUAUCCGAACGAUCAAGAAGACAAUCAAAGCUGAGGGCUCAGACUGGAGCUCCAACUCGUCCGUCUUCUACUGGUAUAGGAAACAGUUCAAUGAAUCCCUGGGCGUAGAUCUACGAUACUUGCCACUUCCCACUACAGUUGCUUUGGCAUUUCCUCUCGACGAAUCCAGACAGCCAAGGAUCGGAAGGCAGCACGUUUACUCGCACUACCCUAUGUGUGCGUCUGAGUUGAAGUUCGCGAUCCAAGCCAAUUUUUUUAUGGGAGCAGAAGACAACACUAUCGCGUCCUGUUGGGAAAAUAAGGCACUUUCGAAGGCUAUAGCGUGGACUUUCCGGGGUGCGAUCAUUACUGCUAUUCGUGAGCUGAGACACGAGUGUCUUUGGACGAGAUACCUUCCGACCGAAUCAUUAUCCCAUGAAUAUUGGCGGGAAUUCAAAGUGGACCUAAGAAACAGACUCACGAAAUAUCGUCUCCUUAACUGUGUGGGGACGUAUGAACGACAGGUGCCCAAGGAGCUGCGUUGGGUACCUCCUUCCUUGAGAGAUCAGCAAGGAAAGCCGUUGUUCUGUGGUCUACAAGGGAAAGGCCUUCUUAAAGAAUCCACCGUUUGGAAUGAUGAGAAAGUCAGAUAUGCCGUCGGUCUGGACUGCGCACAAUGGUAUCAUUUCUUUGACGCCGUCGACGCCGAUGCUAAGCACCCGGAUCAUUCAACAAUGAAGUCUUUCACCGACGAAGAUUGGCACGCACGAGUUGCCACUGUACUGGCAAACAAAAUCCUGGACUGGUUCCUCGGCGGCUCCGGCUUUCCACCGAUGCUAAACCAGAGCCCCUUGAUUCCUUUGGAGGAUGGCUCGUGGAUUUCCCGAGAGACAUGCCUGAUGACUGAGGUGUACUUCAAGCAUUCAGUAUCAUUUGAUGUCCCAACUGACCGUAACAUCCGGUUUGUGGACCCGGUGGCAGCCUCUGUUCCUGCGAGGCGCCUUUUGUUCUGCCUCCUCGGUGUCAAGAACAUGGACAUGGAAAAGACAAUGGAAUUCAUCGGUCGAAAGUCCCUGGCCCAACACCAACAUCAGAGAACGGAAACUCUCGAUGAAUCGGUCGCAUAUUUCAAAUUCUUCUUUUGGUCCCUUCCUAGGGAGCAUGUGCUCACGGGAAUUGGCAUCUACGACGAAGAGCAUAAGCUUGUUGAUCGGAACCAAGUAUGGGUGGAAGAUCCGCCACUCACAGAAUUUCGCGACAAGUGUCCUCUCAGAAUUCGGCCGAACACUGAAUCGUCAAAACUCCAUGAUACGCAUUUUCUUCAUCCACAGUACCUGAAUGCUGUGGCCGAAACGGUAGUCAUCCGAGGCAGAACGUGGAAAACCUGGCUACAAGAAGCUUGUUCCAUCAAAUUCAUCCCACCUCCGCUUGAGUUUGUCAUCGAAAAGCAGCCGGAUAAGUUUCUCACACUUCUUCAGAAGAACUGGGGGUACUACCACUAUUACUGCAAAUUGAAUCACAUGUGGGAUGUGAUAGGAAAAACAAGGGUGGCGACGUUGGAUGACACGAUGCAUCCAUUGGAGGCUUGUUAUCUUCCGCUACCAAGCUUGACAGCUAUAUUCCCAUCUAAGCUCGGCUUGACACCACCUUUUGUCAAAUUGCCGCAGCUUGAGGACGGAUGCGAGGCUGACUGGAGCCUUUUGAAACAUUUUGGUGUCCAGUCCGAGGACGGGAUGGAAUUUUACACUUCAGUUCUGAAUCGGCUAGGAUCUACCCAGUACAGUUCUGAUUGUGACGCACUCGAAUGUGCAGUGAAGGCGUAUUCUGGUAUUAUGAGAGUUUGUAUUCGGUCGGGCCUGCGGGAAGCACAAAUCAGAUCUCUCUUCACGAAAAAUAGCUGGAUCUAUAGUCCUGAGUCUGACAAAAGAAUGAGCCAGUGGCUUUUCCCUGCAGACUGUGUGUGGGAGGCCCCUCCGUGGCCGACAGAUCAAGUUCCCCUCGGACAAGCGAAGGAAUACCACGGCCUACGUCACUUAUUCUGUGACAUUGUUGGGAUCCCUAUCCAACACUCACACUGGCUGAGAGCUAUUUCGGAGCUAGAGUCGUUGAAACGUUUGCGGACGAGCCAGACGUCGGAAAGCAGUGAGGGAGCCGCAGUGAUCAAAAAGAUCUUCGACGUCUACGAAUACCUUUCGAAGGCAAUGGAGUUUUGGCCUGAAAGUAGGGGUCCUUAUUUGCGAUCCAGGAUGGAAAGUCUAGCGUUGCUUUUUGUUCCAUCUACAAACAGCUGGCACCCCAUCAGUUCGUGCAUAUGGACGACCAACAAUCAGCUGGUACCUGAAGGCAAGAUGGCUGUUGGUGCGCCAUAUGCUUCCCUUGAAGCAUUCUUUACGGGUGUUCUCAACAUUCAAAAGCCAGACAUCAGCACACUCGUCAAACACCUUCAGACGUUAGCCGAACAGAGGGCCUCUUUGACGGAUAUCAAGGGAUGCAUGAUGGAUAUAUCCUCCAUGCUACCUCUGGUUCAAGACGUGGAAGCUUUACGAAACGAACCCAUACUUCCGGUUCGGGCACUGGGCGGAAUUACUAAAAUGGGCACCCCGAUGGACGAAUUUUUCGUCAUAGACCGCCAGGAGUACAGUGAGUUGUUUGGCUACCAGCUCACCACUCUAGACUUUUCCAUGUGGGAGAUCAGGGCUUGUGAGAAUUUGCUGCUCGCCCUUGGACUCGGCCCCAGGUUUUUGUCCGGAAUUGUGAGGACAGAGACUAUUGCGCAAGGCAUUUCCGAGCAGGAGCAAUUGACAAAAAUGCUCAGAUCAAGAGCAGAAGCCACCGUACGCUGCGUGGCACACUUCCGAGACGCUGCGUGCGAACGCGACAUCCCCUUUCUCUCUCGACAGAUUUCGAACAUCACGGUCUACGCCACGGAUGACAUCUUCAUCAGGAUUCAAUUACUACGAGGCGAUAUCCCCUGGAAGACUGGUCGCGAUACAACUUACUGCCAUCUCGAGAUAGUCGACGGCUCCCUACGCAUAUUUGUGCCACUGGAUAAGCGCAAACGCGAGCUUUGUCUCGUUCGAAGACUCCCGAAAGCACUGCUGGACUUUUACGGGGUUCAAGAUGCAUAUGCAGAAGUUGUGCUCUCUCAAGUCUGGAAUGGCAACAGUCUUGAGGUCGUCGAGGAUGUGCUUGAGGAUGCUGGAAUUCGCAAAAUAGAGUUGGAUGCUUCUCUGCCUGGAAGCUCCGAACCGAAUGAGGUGCAGAACAAACGGGAUGGAAAGAUUGAGAAAGACGUCAAGAAGGUGGACCAGCAAGCAAGCAAGAAUCACGACGCAGUGGAGGAGUUGCACUCAAGGUUUGACAGUGUCCUGAGUCUCUCUGAAGAUGGCCCUCGGAAGGGGAAGAAAGCCGGCCCACAGCUUGCGGAGACCAGAACGGCGCCUCUGGACGCGGGAGCUGCUUCGAUGCCAGAACGGGAUACCGAUGAGAAGACUUUCCAGUUCUCGUUCAGGUGUCCAACCGGGGCUCUCAAUCAGCAAGACAAUACAAAGCAAAACCACGCAUGA